UACCGUUCCUGCAGCUCAACCCUCAAAAUCUAUCUCUUUCCUUUCCUCAUAGAGACCGAGGAAACACAACAGGCAGCCAUGGAUGAGGCUGUAGUUCUUUACUCAACUCCAGCCGUAGGUCACUUGGUAUCUAUGGUAGAGUUAGGCAAGUUAAUUCUCUCUCAUCGUUCCUCCAUUUCCAUUCACAUCUUCAUUACAGCAGCACCUUACAGUGCCGGCUCCACUGCCUCUUAUAUUGCUGAAGUGGCUGCCGCCGUUCCUUCAAUCUCCUUCCACCAUCUUCCCACCGUCACCCUCCCUUCCACAGCAGCCUCUCAUCAUGAAACCCUCACCUUUGAGGUCAUCCGCCUCAGCAAGCCUCACCUCCGCCAAGCUCUCCUGUCCAUCUCCAAAUCUCACUCUAUUAACGCCGUAAUUAUGGAUUUCUUUUGUGCUGAUUCUCUUUCUGUUGCCUCUGAACUCAACAUCCCUGGUUAUUUCUUCUUUGCUUCAGGUGCUGCGUGUCUUGCUCUCUUACUUUAUUUUCCGACCAUUCAUGAAAACACUACCAAAAGUUUCAAAGAUCUCAACACUUUUCUCCAUGUUCCGGGUGCUCCACCUGUAUUGUCCUCUGACAUGCCGAGCCCAACGCUCGAUCGCUACGACAAAGCCUACGAAUACUUUUUAGAGCUCGCUACCUCCUUUCCCAAGUCCGCAGGAAUUAUCGCAAACACUUUUGAGUUGCUCGAGGCCAGAGCCGUGAAGGCAAUAUCAGAUGGAUUAUGUGUGCCCACCACUAACACACCUCCUCUUUACUGUAUCGGGCCUUUAAUAGCGGCCAAGAAUGAAAGUGAUGGCGUGCCAGAGUGUUUAACCUGGCUUGAUUCUCAACCAAGUCAAAGUGUUGUAUUUUUGUGUUUUGGUAGCUUGGGGCUGUUCUCAAAGGAACAACUCACAGAAAUAGCUAUUGGGUUGGAGAGAAGUGGACAAAGGUUCUUGUGGGUGGUGCGUAAUCCGCCAUCUAAUAAUCAAAGCUUAGCCAUCUCACCAUUGGCGGAUCCAGAUUUAGAGUCAUUGCUCCCUGAUGGUUUCUUGGAUCGUACCAGGGAGAAAGGACUUGUGGUGAAGUCAUGGGCUCCACAGGUAGCAGUAUUGAACCAUGAUUCGGUGGGCGGUUUUGUGACUCACUGUGGAUGGAAUUCAGUGCUUGAGGCGGUGUAUGCAGGAGUGCCAAUGGUGGCUUGGCCGCUGUACGCAGAGCAAAGGUUCAAUAGGUUGUUGUUGGUGGAAGAAAUUAAAAUUGCUUUGCCAAUGAAGGAAUCGGAGGACGGGUUUGUAACUGCAGUGGAGGUGGAGAAGAGGGUCCGUGAAUUGAUGGAUACGGAGGCAGGUAACUCGAUUAGGGAGCGAACCAUUACUAUGAAAAACGAAGCCAAGGCAGCCGUGAGCGAGGGCGGUUCAUCUCGUGUGGCAUUGUCCAAACUGGUGGAAUCAUGGAAGAGUAAAUGAUCUCUGCUUUCGUUUUUGUGCGUCUAGAAUUGUUAUUUUUUUAUUUUCAUGUUGAUUUUUUUUUUUGGUGCGUGUUAUAAAUAAAUUAGUGGGGUAGGUUCUUUUCAGUUUGACCCACCCAUUAAAGUGGGCAUCGCAUAUUGGAGAAAAAUUAGUGGAGCCUGAGAAAAGCAUAUAAUUGUUUUGAUUUGGACUCCCCAUUUCCUUU